AGUGAUUGCGUGGCUGCCCAGUGACCUUUCACACAGCCUCCUCCAGGCAAGGUUAACCCUUGCAAUGCGCAGUCUGCCUCACGCUCUCCUCUCGCUAAGCUCAAGAAAAGAAGCUGGAGCACAACCUGACUACAGACUCCCUCUACAGCUAAGCUGAAUUAGCACCACACUGCAUCCUGCUUCACGAAGUAAAUCCUCAGAGCACUCUAGGAGCUGGGAGGCUGCAGCCAUGCUCCCUUCCCAGGCUCUCCUGCCCGCGGUGGUGUUGGCACUCGCAGCCCUUCAGGCCCUUGCCUCCGACACCUUCAUGGCAGCCGUCUACGAGCAUGCCGUCAUCCUGCCGCAUCCCAGCGAGGAGCCCGUUUCUCCCAGCCAUGCUUUGGCCCUGAUGAACAAAAACAUGGAUGUCCUGGAAGGGGCCAUCAAGGAAGCUGCUCAGCAGGGUGCCCACAUCAUUGUGACUCCUGAAGACGGCAUCUAUGGCUGGCGAUUCACAAGAGAAUCCAUCUACCCCUACCUGGAGGAUAUCCCUGAUCCGGUGGUGAAUUGGAUUCCCUGCACUGACCCCUCAAGAUUUGGUCCAGCACCAGUGCAGGAACGACUCAGCUGCAUGGCCAGAAAUAACUCCAUCUAUGUGGUUGCAAAUAUUGGGGACAAGAAGCCGUGUGACUCCAGCGAUCCCAACUGCCCCAGGGACGGUCGGUACCACUACAAUACGGAUGUCGUCUUUGAUGCACAGGGGAAACUGGUGGCUCGGUACCAUAAGUAUAAUCUCUUUCUAGGAGAAACUCAGUUUAAUUAUCCAAAAGAGCCAGAAGCUGUCACCUUUGAGACUCCUUUUGGGAAGUUUGGCAUUUUCACUUGCUUUGACAUCCUUUUCUAUGAGCCUGCUGUGGUCCUGGUGAGCAAGCUGCAGGUGGACACCGUGCUCUUCCCAACAGCUUGGAUGAAUGUCCUGCCCUUUCUGACUGCAAUUGAGUUUCACUCUGCCUGGGCUAUGGGCAUGCGCGUCAAUGUCUUAGCUGCCAAUACUCACAACACCAGCAUGGAAAUGACAGGGAGUGGCAUUUAUGCACCAGCUGGAGCCAGAACAUACUCCUACAACAUGAAAACUGAAGAUGGUCACCUCCUCAUUGCUGAACUAGAUGCACACCCUCGUCUUUCUCCUGCCUCCCCACCUGCUGUCAGCUGGAACUCAUAUGCUUUGAGUGUUGAAAGAUUCUCACAGAAUGACCAUGAAUUCACAGGAAUCGUCUUUGAAGACCUCUUUACUUUCACAGAGCUCACUAAGCCUGGGGGGAAUCUCACUGUCUGCCAAAAAGACCUCUGCUGUCAUUUGAGCUACAAGAUGGCAGAGAAAAGAGAUGAUGAAGUUUAUGUGCUGGGUGCUUUUGAUGGCCUUCAUGUUUUUGAAGGACAGUACUACCUGCAGAUCUGCACUCUGCUCAAGUGCCCCAGCACAAACCUGAGCACAUGUGGGCAGCCCGUGGAGACGGCUCAGACCAAGUUUGAGAUGUUCUCCCUCAGCGGCACGUUUGGCACCAGCUACGUCUUCCCAGAAGUGCUGUACAGCGGGGUGCAGCUGGCCCCCGGGGAGUUUGAGGUGCUACGUGACGGGCGUUUGAUAAGCAAGCAUGGCACUUCGAAACCACUCAUAACAGCGACACUUUUUGGAAGGCUUUAUGAGAAGGACCAGCCACAUCCCCUGCGAAUUUCCCUGUAAAGUAUCUCCUUAGGAAUUACACACUCACCAGAGACAGGAGGGGAAUUUCCUCCUGAGUCAUAGCAGUUACCUUGUAUGAUUCCUGUUCUUCAAUACUGCACUUCUGCUCAGCACCUGUGGCAGUCUGGCUUAUUUGGGAGAAAAGGAUGUGUUCACCCUGCUGUGCAUGCCUUUUAAACAGCGCUUUGGCCAGUGCAAUUAUUUUUUAGUAUGCAUGACCUGUCACAUGAACCUUUUAAUCAGAAUUCUUUUCUCCCCAAAAUAUCAUAUAGAUUGCUAGGAUUACAGUAGAAAGAAGACUGAUGCCAAUAUCUAUGAAAUGUGGUUUGUCAUUUUAUUGGAUAAUAAAUUCUCUCCA